AGUGGCGACCGGGGAGGUGGGAGGGGCCGCUCCACCAAUGCAGCCUUCCUCUAAGAACCCUCCAGGAGACGGAGCCGCCGCACGCUCCACGGGUGGCCCCGAAAAGCUUGCUCUGGAGACAGCAUUCGUCUCUUGGGAAACAAGCUCUGUUUUCGCUGCAACUAACGGGAGACCUGGGAGAGGACUCGAGGGGCGCGGCGGCAGAGGAGGGGAGGCGCGGCGGGGCCAGGGUUCCCUCGGGGCGUGGUUCCAGCGGACACCGGGGCCUUCUGAGCACGGCUGGGGACGCCGCCGAGGUAUUGGAGGCGGGGUCGGGAGGCUGCCCCUCUGAUUCAUAUCCCCAUCUCCGGGGGCCUGCUGGGCCAUGUCCAGAAACUCGGAUCCCGCGAUCCUGCCCCGCGGCUUGGGGUCCCGGAAGUCCGCCCCGCGGAGCCUCAGCUGCCUCUCUGACCUGGUGGGCGGCGCGACCCCGGAGCAGCGGCCUUGCCGGCCCCCCUGGAGCUCGGGGCGCGCGCCGCCGCCGCCACCUGCACAGGCAGGCUCAGGCUGCGACCCCAGCCUGCGCCCCAUCAUCACGCGGCGGGCUCACUCGCUGCCCAGCUCCCCCGAGCGCCGCCAGAAGGCCGCGGGCGCCCCUGGCGCGGCGUGCCGGCCGGACUGCAGGCAGCACCGCGUGCGCUUCGCCGACGCCCUGGGCCUGGAGCUGACACAGGUCAAGGUGUUCAACGCGGGCGACGACCCCUCGGUGCCGCUGCACGUGCUGUCGCGGCUCGACAUCAACUCGGACCUGUGCUGCAGCCGCCAGGACCUGGAGUUCACCCUGCAGUGUCUGGUGCCGGACUUCCCGCCGCCCAUCGAGGGGGCCGACUUCGGGGAGCGCCUGCGGCGGCAGCUCGUGUGCCUGGAGCGGGUCACCUGCUCCGACCUGGGCGUCAGCGGCUCGGUGCGCGUGCGCAACGUGGCCUUCGAGAAGCAGGUGGCGGUGCGCUACACCUUCUCCGACUGGCGCAGCGCGCUCGAGGCCGCGGCCCGGUGGCGGGGCCCCGCGGGCUCGGAGGGCACCGAGGACGUCUUCACCUUUGGCUUCCCGGUGCCACCCUUCCUGCUGGCACGGGGCUCCCGCGUGCACUUCGCUGUGCGCUACCGCGUGGCCGGCGCCGAGCACUGGGAUAACAACGAUGGCCGCGACUACAGCCUCACGUGCCGCAACCACGAGCUGCACAUGCCCCGGGGGGAGUGUGAGGAGAGCUGGAUCCACUUCAUCUGAGCCCCGGGCCCGGACCCGGCGCUGCUGCUCCGUAGCCACACCUGCUGCCACUUCCUAGCGGGGCGCUCACGGCAGAGGCAGCUGCUCUUCCCUGCACUCCGUCCCCACACCUAAACCUGACCUCACGUCCUGCUGAGGGGCCCCUGGCAGUGGCUAUCUGCCACCUACUUGAAACGUCUGUGUCAGCUGUAAAAUGGAGCCUCGGGUGGCCAGAGGCCUAGUGUGUAACAAGCUGGGGCAGUGCGGGUGGGUAGUGCAGGGGUGUUGGUUUCCGACUGGGUUUCUGGAAAAGGCCUGCAUCCUCCAGCUAGGAAGGCCGGAUUGCUUUUGCAUGUGCCCUGAUUAGGUCUCUGUACACGUAGGUGUUACUUAUUAUUGAGAUGCUGGGAGCUUGAUCCCUAGUGGAUGCCUUUCCCGGAGCAUUCUGGAUUUAAUAAGCUAAAAGAGAAACCAGUUUGUGUAUUUGUGCCCCAGUGUGACCCCCAUCAUGGUUCCUUGAGGCAUUCCUGCCCUGGGACAAGGAAAACCUGAGCUUGCCAAUGUUUGUGGACUUCUCACCGUGGAAAAAACUAUUUAUAGGCAAGCAAUGUAUGCCUCAUCAGUCAUCACCACCAUUCCUGGGAAUUUAGGCUGCCCGGGGGAAGCUGUGUCGCCUACAUCCCAGCUGAGAGAGAACACACUUAGAAUGUUAGAACAGCCCCUGUGUCUUCUCACGCCUCACACUUCUCUUGCACCUACUUGAUAAUUAGGUAUCGCAUGUUAUCAGGCAAUUCUGUUUAGGGUUGGAACUACCUAAACAGGAUAAGAAACUCUGCCUUAAGUUAUGAACAAUUUCAGACAGAUGCCCUUUUCAAAUACCUUUUUGAUGAUCAAGAUGAUUCUGUCUUCUUAAGCAUCAGGAGAUCCCAGCACUCAUCUUUCAGAAGCCAGGAUGCCAAGUGGAAUUAGAAAGUUUGUUCAGCAAUAGCCAGAGCACUAGAGGAAAAAUAAUUGACAAAUAUUUAUACUUCUUAAAUGUUUUAAAUUGUACUUACAGUAUAUGCCUAGGUUUUAUUUUAAAUUGUAUUUAUAUGUACCUCGUUUUAUCAGCUACCUGCCAACUUAAUUCUUUGUGCCUUCAGAUCAGAGUUUCUAACAUUGUCGGGACUUGUUUCCCAGUUUUAAAUUAAAUGCUUUUCUUUCUUUCUUUUUAAUAUCUCCAACCAAGAAGUCAAGGCCAUUGUCCCCUGCAGAGUGCCACAAUGACUUAAAACUCCAGCAAGGGGCUGGUGAUUGCUUUUGGUGCUGAGUGAUGGUUUUUCUGACAACAGGUGCUAGCUCUCAAGUGUGAAAAUCCAGCCGGAGUGGACAAGGCCUCCGACUUGUGAAGUUUAAUUAUGACACAGUUGAAAUCUCUGAGGUAAAUUGUGACAGCUGUCACCAGUUAACUAACUGAAUUUUAAAUGCUUGUUAACAUUUGUUAAAUUAGUAUGUAAAGGGUGAGUUUUGCCUUUUAACCAGUUUGGUUUUUACAAUGGCAACUUUUGUGUUUUUAAAAUUCCAAGA